UUGUCACAACACGUUGAAGUAGGGCACGAUUUUUUGCUUAUUUUCUUCGAUUUUCUCGAUAAUCACAAUUAUUCAUUUGCUUUCUGAUAACCAAGUUGUUCGUAUGUGUUUAAAUUUUUCAGGUGUUCAUAACUGAUGCUGAAGUUGAAACAAACUAUUGUCACAACCCAUGACGGCAGAGGAAUUGACAGAAAUGGUUUGGCGUCUCUCUGACUUGUGUUUGUCCGGCAAAUCAUCAGUGUCAUUGAAAGAGAAGGAGCCUGAAUAUGUGCUACAUACAGCAUCACCAAUAGAAUAUUCAGAUUCAUCACCGAUCCUUGCUGCAACAACGUCCGAUUACUGUGUAAGAUUGUACAACAGAUCCAACCUCGCUUCCUUCCAAGUGUUAUCAGGUCACACUGAUGUCGUCACUGAUAUCCGAUUCAGUCACACUGACUCCAAUCUUCUGUAUACAUCUUCUAUCGAUGAAACAAUCAGAUGCUGGGAUAUUAGAAUUAAAGGGAAAAAAGAAGCUCAAAUAUUCAAAGGGUAUGAGUCUUCGGGUAAUAGAUUCCUAAGCUGUGAUAUCAGUGCGAUGGAUGCGUUGCUGUGUGCUGGCACAGAGUGUGAUGAGUCAUCCAAAGAUGCUCUAAUUGUGUUCUGGGAUGUGCGGAUGAAAAAUGCCACUGGAACAUUUACAGAUUCACAUUCUGAUCACAUAACGCAAGUCAGAUUCCACCCCUCUCACUUCCACAAGAUGGCGAGUGGAUCCGUUGAUGGCCUCGUUUGCCUGUUCGACCUGAGAGAACAGGGGGAAGACAAUGCAAUAACACAGAUACUCAAUGCAGAGUCUUCAGUGAAUCAAAUUGGUUGGUGUAAGCGGGAUGGCAUGGACAGCAUCUACUGCACAACCAGUAUUGAAACUAUGUAUGUAUGGAAUGAAGAGGGAGAUAUGCUGAGUGAUUUGAAGUCCCUGCGAGAAGAUAAUGAGGAGAGCCACCAUAUUGACUAUCUUGUUGACUGUUUCUAUGACAACGAGGCGGACAACUUGUAUCUUGUUGCUGGAGACCAUAGUGGCUCCACCCACAUCUUCUCAGUCGAUGGUAACAGCGCGCCACACGUUCAUAGUCUGUCGAAGGGUCACAAAGCAACACUGCGAUGUUUGACAUGGGACCAAAAGUCCAAGACCCUUGUAACAGGAGGUGAAGAUUCUAUGGUUUGUCUUUGGAAAUCUGAUCAAGUUACUUCACCAAAAAAGAAAGUGGAGGAUGGAGCAAAACUUAAAUCAAAGAAAAAAGAGCGAGGUAAAAAGCAGCGGGAUAAACCCUACUGAUGUGCAGAAUGAAUUGCUUCUUACUAUUCUGGAGGACUUCUGUACAGGCCAUAUGCCUAUGAAAUAAUAAUUGCUAUGACUCUGAGAUUGAAAAUCAUAUGCGUAAUUGUACUGCAUUUAUUUUUAUGUA